AUGCGGCGAGCCGUCUUUCCGGGCGCCCCGCGCCCUGUCCUCGGCGUCCUGGCCUGGCUUUCCCUCUGGCAGACGCUGGCGGUGGAUGAUGGGCGCUGGUGCGAGAGGGUGGUCCAGGUGCGGGACGAAGACGUGGUGAACCUGCGGCGGGAGGACGUGGUGCCCUGCGUGGAGGUCUACCAGUACACCAUGGAAGGCUGGCACCUCGACCGGGACAGGACUGGCCGAGCCCCUGGCUCCGGGGGCGCCCUGUGCUACAUUUACAAGAACGAGGACCCCGGACCUGUUGCUUGGAACCGGACGGUGCGCGCCUGCUGCGAAGGCUGGAGUGGGCCCCCUUGCACCGAGGGAGCAGCUUCAGUGGGCCCUUGCUUUUCCACCUGGCAGUGCCAGGACGCGUCCCGGGUGCGAAACCUGUCGCUCUUCAGCAUGGCCGAAUGUUGUAAUCUGCCGUGGGCCCACAGUUGGCAGAACGCCUCCUCGGGGCUCUGCUUUACCUGCUCUAGGGAGCCCCCGAAAGACACCUGGCCUUCGCCCCGGCUCCAGCCCGCUGCCCCCUCAGCGCUCCUAGCCCGACAGAGGUCCCACCACCCCCCCUUCGCCACCUGUCUCACCUGGGACGGCUUGCACUACCGCACCUUUGAUGGGAAGCACUUCCGCUUCGGGGGCAACUGCACCUACGCCCUGGCUGCAGCGUCCGACGGCACCUGGGCCGUGUACGUCUCCUCCGGCCGCAGCGGCUGCGUGCCGGGCCAGUGUCAAAGGGACCUCCGCAUCGUCUUCGGCCUUGACCUGGUGACGGUUCACGGACACGACGUCUCGGUUAAUGGUGCCGCGGUGACCGAGAGGGAACCACUCCUACGAAAGGGGAUCAGCGUCUGGUGGCUGGGGGACUUCCUGUUGGUGGACAGCGGCCUGGGGAUCCGGGUCAAAUUUGAUGGCCACAGCACGAUCUACGUCACCGUCGGGACUGCCCUGCAAGGCACAACUCGGGGGCUGUGUGGCGUCUACAACGACAACCCUGCAGAUGACUUUCAACGGGUGGGAGGGGACGUGGUCCCGCUGGCGGCCAGCUUUGGCAAUUCUUGGCGUAUUCCCGAGACCGGCUCGAGCUCCUGCAGAGACGCCGCGGAGGAGCCGUACCGCUGCGACGCUGUGCCGGACAGCGACGUUCAGGCAGCGGCUGAGUCUACUUGCCAAAAGUUGUUCUCCAGCUCUUUCGGCCAGUGUCAUAUGCAGGUGGACCCCCAAAGUUUCUACGACACCUGCAAGUACCUGCUGUGCAGCCGACGGGCAGGGUCCAAAGCCGCCUGCGAGACCUUUGCCAGUUACGCCCGUGAGUGCGCCCAGCGAGGCGUCUUCGUCAACUGGAGAAGGGCUGGCUUUUGUGAGAAACCGUGCGGCCCGGGCCAGCGCUACACGGAGUGCGUGUCGUCGUGUCCGGCCAGCUGUGCGGCCGUGGGGACGCUGAGCGGAGACCACUGCCGUCAGGAGUGCGUGAGCGGCUGCGAAUGCGUCCCGGGACUCUACCUUGAGGAGGGGUCCUGCGUCCCCGAGAGCCAGUGUCCCUGCUUCCACCGCCGGCAGAAGUUCCGUGCAGGGGAGACGCUGCAGCAGCGCUGCAAUCGCUGCACUUGCCGAGGGGGGCAGUGGGUCUGCUCGCAGGAUCGGUGCGCCAGGGAGUGCAUCCUCCACGCACAUCUCCACUUCCUGACGUUCGACGGCAAGCGUUACUCCUUCCGCGGGGUUUGCCGCUACACCCUGGUGCAGGAUUUUGUCGACGGGAAAAUUCAGAUCGAGGCGGAGAGCGAGCCCUGCGGGAACCAGGGCGCCAUCAGCUGCCUCCGGGCUGUGACCGUCACUGUGCAGAAGACGUCAGCCCAGCUGUCCUUCGCAGGGUCUGUCUUGGUAAACGGCCGGGAAGUGGCCCUCCCCUUUGCCAACGCCGAGCUGACCGUCCGACGCGCGUCCUCCGCCUUCCUGCUCCUCCAGGCCUUUGGGGCUCACCUCCUCUGGGGCCUGGAGUUCCCCGCUGCCUACAUCACUCUCCAGCCCAGCUUCGCCCACAAGGUCCGCGGACUUUGCGGGACCUACAACUGGAACCAGCAGGAGGAGUUCACCACCCCGGAGGGCGACGUGGAGUCCAGCGUGGCGGCUUUUGCCCACAAGUUCCAGCUUUCCCACGCCUGCCCCGCCCCUACGGGCGACUUACCCUUCGACUCCUGCAGCACGUACACCCAACGACGGCAAUACGCCGAGACGGCCUGCGCCGCCGUCCACGGCGCGCCCUUCCAGCCCUGCCACAACCUGGUGGAGCGGGAACCCUUCUACCAGUUGUGCCUGGAGGAUGUGUGCAGCUGUUCGGCUGAGGAUGAUUGUCUUUGUGGUGCCCUGGCUGCCUACGCCCACCAGUGUGCCCAGGAGGGAGCUCUUGUGGCCUGGAGGAACCAGAGCUUCUGCCCGAUGCAGUGCUCUGGGGGCCAGGUCUACCAAGAAUGCGCCACCCCCUGUGGAAGAACCUGUGCCGACCUUCCCGCGGAAAAGUUCGGCGUCUGCGAAGACCUCCGCCCUGCCUGCGUGGCUGGAUGCAACUGCCCGGAAGGUCUGGCGCUGGACCACGAAGGGCAGUGCGUCCAACCGGCCCUGUGUCCCUGUCUGCACCAGGAGAAAGCCCACCCGCCCGGUAGCAAGAUUCAGAGGAGCUGCAACAGCUGCGUUUGUGCGAACGGAGCCUGGAGCUGCACCGAGGAGACCUGUCCCAGUGCGGUGCUUUGUCCCGGAGAGCUGAUCUACGCCGUCGACGUCUGCCUCCUCACCUGCGAGAGUCUCCAGAGUAACCUCAGCUGUGACGGCGCCUCCGAUGGCUGCGUGUGCCCUCCUGGCACCGUUUUCCUGAACGAGCACUGUGUGUCCCCAGAGGAAUGUCCUUGUCACCACAACGGCCACCUCUAUCUGCCCAACGAGACCAUCGCUAGGGAUUGCAACACCUGCAUUUGCAGAAAGCAGCGCUGGGAAUGCAGCCACCACCGCUGUGCCGCGACCUGCGUGGCCACCGGAGACCCCCACUACAUCACCUUUGACGGGCGGGCGUACACCUUCCUGGGGGACUGCGAGUACAUCCUGGUCCGCGAGAACAGUGGCGCCUUCACCGUCACGGCCGAGAACGUACCCUGCGGCACCAGCGGCACCACCUGCACCAAGUCCGUGGUGGUGCUGAUGGGGAGCAUGACAGUUCACCUACUUCGAGGAAAGGACGUGACGGUGAACGGUGUCUCGGUCCGGCCCCCCAAGACCUACAGUGGGAAUGGGCUGACCUUGGAGAGAGCUGGACUCUUUCUGGUGCUCCUCACUCAGACGGGGCUGACAGUGUUUUGGGAUGGAGGCACUCGGGUCUACAUCAAGCUGGAGGCCAAAUAUCAAGGCCGAGUGGCAGGACUCUGCGGGAACUUUGACGGCGACGCGGAGAAUGACUUCUCCAGUCAACAAGGCAUCGUGGAGCCCACGGCAGACCUUUUUGGCAACUCCUGGCGCAUCAGCCUCCUGUGUCCCGAAGUCAACGCGGAGGACUUUGAGCAUCCCUGCACGGUGAAUUCUCACCGUGCGACGUGGGCUCGGAAGCGUUGCGGGAUCCUCCUUCAGGAUCUCUUCGCCCGCUGCCGUGAGGAACUGCCCUGCCAACAGUUCUAUGAGUGGUGUGUUUUCGAUGCCUGCGGGUGUGACUCUGGCGGGGACUGUGAGUGCCUCUGCACAGCCAUUGCGACGUAUGCCGAGGAGUGCAUUCAGCGAGGAGUCCCCGUACGCUGGAGAAGCCAGGAUCUCUGCCCCCUACAAUGUGAUCAUGGGAUGGAGUAUGACCCCUGCGGCCCGGCCUGCCCGCCCACCUGCCAGAACUUCGGCCUGGAGCCCGCCGAACACUGCCCCAUGGAGACAGCUUCCUGCGUGGAGGGGUGCUUCUGCCCGGAAGGCAAAGUCCUGCAUGGUGGACGCUGCAUCGAUCCGUCGGAAUGCCCUUGCUUCUGGGAGGGUGUCUUGUUCCCGCUGGGGGCACUGGUGACGCAGGAGUGCAGGAACUGCUCAUGUGAGGCGGGCCUGUGGCAGUGUACCGCCCCUCUGGAGACUUGCGGUGCCCCCUCCCACUGCCCCGAGACGGAGUUUGCUUGCCACGCCGGCGGGCGCUGCAUCCCGAACGCCUGGCUUUGCGACAACGAAGACGAUUGUCGGGACGGUUCGGACGAGCUUUGCCCCCUGAGCUGCGGGCCGGACCAGUACCGGUGCACCAGCGGGCAGUGCGUCCCCUGGGGUUACCGCUGUGAUGGCACCGCAGACUGUGCCGACCGCUCGGACGAAAAGGACUGCCCCUUGCUUGGCUGCUCGCCGCAGGAGUUCCAGUGCGACAACGGCCGUUGUAUCCCACGCCGGGACCGCUGUGAUGGGGAGCUGGAUUGUGGCUUUGCUGACUCCUCGGACGAGGCAGAUUGUGGACCAGCCUGCGGGUUGACCGAGUUCCGUUGUGCGGCCGGACACUGCUUGUCGUACCCGCACCGCUGUGACGGGCACGACGACUGCGGCGAUUUCAGUGACGAACGCGGCUGCGUCUGCCGUCCUGGGGAGUUGCAGUGCCCGAGUGGUCGGUGCCUUCCCAAAGCUCUGAUUUGCGACGGCCGGCAGGACUGUCCCUCGGGCCUGGACGAGGCUUUCUGCCCAGGUCCAGUGAUGUGCGCUCCGGGCCAGCUGCCUUGUCCAAACGCCACUUGUGUGAGCCGUACGCAGGUGUGUGAUGGUGUGCAGGACUGUGAAGAUGGCACCGAUGAAGACCCUGCUCGGUGUCCAGGGAUACAGACCACACCUCUUGUGCCCACCGCUACGCCAGCUUUCCCUGGAACCCAUCAUCCUGCCCUCAACAGGACUCUGGGACCGCCCUGCGGGCGAUACGAGUUCCACUGCUCUAGCGGGGAGUGCCAGCCGCGGGGCUGGGUGUGCGACAACGAAGCGGAUUGCCUGGACGGCAGCGACGAGUUACACUGCAACCGCACGUGCGAACUAGACCAGUUCCCCUGUGCCCGUGGGGCCGAGUGCAUCCACUACCAGCAGCUCUGCGACGGCAUCCCGCACUGCCAGGACCAGUCCGACGAGAGCAUUGACACCUGCGGCUCCACGCAGAUCCCCCCUUGCCCUGGGUUCUUCAUCUGCAACGACCGGAUGUGCAUCAACGUAUCCCGUGUGUGCGACGGCUCGCCCGACUGCUCCCAAGGAGAAGACGAGCUCGCCUGCGAAAUCCCGGCGGCUCCACCAGGCGGAAGGAAUCAGACAGUUGGACCGUGUCCGGAAUAUUCCUGCGGCGACGGCGCCUGUAUCGCCUUUAAACAGGUGUGCAACGGUCUGGCCAAUUGCGCGGAUGGCAUGGAGGCUUCUGGUUGGCUGCCCUCUGAUGAGCGGGACUGUGGCCUCUGGACCCCGUGGGCACCCUGGAGCAUCUGCAGCCGCUCGUGUGGGACGGGUCUCCAGAUCCGCCGGAGGAGCUGCACGCGACGAGCGGACGAUGUUCUCCGUCAUUGCCUCGGAGAGGAAACCCAGGCCCAGCAAUGCUUCCUAGUGGCUUGUCCCGUUGAUGGCCAGUGGCGUGAAUGGGCCACGUGGUCCAACUGCACCGAGGAUUGCCGCGGAGUGGUGGUGCGUCACCGGGAAUGCCUCCCCUCUCAGAACGGAGGCCGUCACUGUACCGAAGGGCUGGAUGGAUCGGCUGCUUCGAUAGAGAUCCAGUUGUGUCAACGUGAGGACUGUCUCAAUGCCUCCACUUGCCCGGGGGAGCUGGUGAGCCAGACGUGCGCCCCCUGUCCCACCUCCUGCACCGAGCUCUCCAGCCGUAUAAGAUGCCGGAAGGACAGGCCCUGCCGACCAGGCUGCUGGUGCCCCGAAGGCCUGGUCUUGAACAGCGAGCAGCAGUGCGUGCGCCCACGAGACUGCCCCUGCCAGGUGGGCGGUGUCCACUACUGGCCUGGCCAGCUGGUCAAGGUCAACUGCCGGAUCUGCACUUGCCAGGAUGGACAGAUGAAACGCUGCCGACAGAACCCGGAGUGUACAGUGAACUGUGGCUGGUCAGCCUGGUCGCCGUGGGGCGAAUGCCUGGGUCCCUGCGGGGUGCAGAGCAUCCAGUGGUCCUUCCGCAGUCCCAACAACCCGACCAAGCACGGCAACGGACGUCAGUGCCGCGGCAUCUACCGCAAAGCCCGAAGGUGCCAGACGGAGCCGUGCGAGGAGUGUGAACACCACGGCCGUACCCACGCCAUUGGCGACCGUUGGCGUUCGGGGCAGUGCCAAGUGUGCCAGUGUUUGCCCAACCUCACCGUCCAGUGUUCCCAGUAUUGUCCCUACAGCACGGUGGGCUGUCCGGAGGGCCGAGUGCUGGUGAAGGGCCUGGCGGAUGCCUGUUGUUACUGCAUGGAGGGGGGGGAAAAUCGAACAGCUAUCCCCAGUGCUCGCCCUCCGGGACCCCUGGGUACCACCCCAGCCAGCUCCGCUCCCUUCCCCACGGCUGCCCCACUCAACACGUACCCGCUGCCUCCACUUGGUGAUGUCUGCUACGGGCCUCUGGGCAUCGCCUCGCUGCCGGACGCCAGCUUCACAUCCUCCGCGCAGCAGCCGGAGAACCCAGCGUACGCUGCUCGGCUCGGACGCCUUCUUCCGGGGGCUGAUUUGCAGGGUUGGGCCCCCCCAGCAGAAGUGUAUCCAGAGCUGCUCUCUCGGCCUCCCUUCCUGCAAGUGGAUUUGGGCGAGCCCAGGAACCUGACAGGGGUCGUCAUCCAAGGAGCAGGGUCCUCCGAUGCCUACGUGACCAGCUUCUUCCUCCAGUUCAGCCUGGAUGGCGAGGGAUGGCACGACUACCAAGAACUAUUCCAAGGAAACUCGGACGACGCGACGCCCGUCGCCCGGACCUUCCAGCGCAUGGUGCCGGCCCGACACGUCCGCCUCCUUCCCCACGACUUCCACAACGGCAUCUUCCUGCGCCUGGAGUUGUUGGGUUGCGGGAAAGGUGGGAGCCGGGGUUUCUGGGCGGGCUUUGGGGUGGGCCCAGGAGGAAGGGAGGGACACAAAGACGACACAAUUUUCCCCAGAGCAGCCCGGCUGGCCCACGUCCCCGGCAGGAUGGAGGCCUUGCUGGGCUGCAACUGUGUGUGUAUGUGGGGGGGGCAAUGUGCAGCCCACGUCAACCCGUGUUUCCGACCCAUCCAUACAAACGGGGCCUUCUCCGGGGUGGCCCCGCUGCCUCUCCGCUGCCCCCUCCUGUCCUUUCCCUGCAACGACAGGUGUGCGAGCAGCUUCUAUCCCGGCUCUCCCUUUGCAGGUGUGGCCCCCUCUCUGGAGCCCCCCACCCCGGAGGGCUGCCCGCUGCCCCACUUCCCCUGCGCCUUUUCCGACCUCUGCCUCGAGGCCAUGCAGAGGUGCGACGGAGUGGCUGACUGCCCGGACGGCAGCGACGAGAUCGGUUGCGCGCCUGCCAGCGGCGGGCCAACGCCUGGCGUUCUCACGGAGCCCCUUGGCCUGGAGGACGGGCGCAUCCCCCACCAACAGUUGGUGGCCUCCUCGUACCAGGAACGACACCCCCCAGACGCCGGACGGCUGAACAGGGCAUCCAGUGUACAAAACAUGGAGCCAGGAUGGAGCCCCCGGCAGUCUGACCCCAACCCCUACUUCCAGGUGGACCUCCUCCAGCCUUUCUUCAUCACGGCGGUGGCCACUCAAGGUGGAGGCAGGUCUGGGGGAUUCGUCUCACGUUAUCGCCUGCUCUACAGCAAUGAUGGGGUCCAUUUUUGGAACUACAGUAAACCUGGUUAUAGCCCAGCUACAUCCUUGCAAGCUCAGGUUCUGGAGGGGAACUCUGACAGCAUCACUCCGACUCAACAGGAGCUCAGCCCGACUAUCCUCACCCGUUUCCUGCGCUUCGUGCCCGUGGAGUACCAGCAAAGCAUUGCCUGGCGCCUGGAGGUGUUUGGCUGUGCCUGGAGGCCGACUCUCAUCCCUUCGGCUGGAAUGCCCCGGAUCCUAUGCGUCCAGGGACAAUUUGCCUGCGAGACCUUGGGUUGUGUGGAAGCGGCGUUUGUCUGCGACGGGCAGCAGGAUUGCGUGGACGGCUCGGACGAGGCCCACUGUGGCGGCCCCACGGCCCCCACCGUCCCCACCGUGGCACCCCCGAUCCCGCCGGGCCCCCCCAGCGCCUGCUCCUCCAAGCAGUUCUCCUGCCACCGCGGGGGGGAGUGCCUGAGCCUGGAGCGCCGCUGCGACCUGCGCCACGACUGCCCGGACGGCUCCGACGAAGCCAACUGCGUGGACUGUAUCCUGUCUCCAUGGAGCCCCUGGAGCGAAUGCAGCCGAUCUUGUGGGCUGGGCGUCACCUUCCGGAGGCGCGACCUACUCCGCAACGCUCUCCCGGGUGGACGUUGUGACCGGGAUGAGUUUGACAGCCGGUCCUGCUUCCUCCGGGCCUGUCCAGUGAACGGAGUCUGGGCCUCCUGGGGCGAGUGGUCAGACUGCGACGCCGAGUGCCGGGGGGGCGUGAGGAGUCGUACCAGGACCUGCGAAGACCCCCCACCCAAAAACGGCGGGCAGCUCUGUCCCGGAGAUGCCGUGCAGAUGGAAACGUGCAACCAACAGCCUUGCGGAGACGCCCGGGAUUGCGGCCCAGACAUGGUCUUCGUACAAGCCGGGCACUGCGCCCGCGGCCUGGUGGACCCUUGCCCGCAGACGUGCCGCCAGCUGAGUGUCCGGAGGACCUGUCAGAGCAGCUGCAUAGAGGGUUGUCGCUGCCCCCCUGGUCUCUUCCUGCAGGAGGGAGGCUGUGUGAACAUCAGCCAGUGUCACUGCUUCUUUGACCAGGACCACCGCCGGCCAGGAGAGAUCUUUCUGAGGGACAACUGCAGCCAGUGCGUUUGUCUGGAUGGCACGGUGACCUGUGACGCGGUGGCCUGUCCGGUGAAGUGCGGCUGGUCGGCUUGGUCUCCGUGGACCCCCUGCAGCCGGAGUUGCGGAGUUGGGAUGCAGCAAAGGUUCCGGUCUCCGUCCAACCCGGCGGCAGCCAACGGGGGCGCCCCAUGCCAAGGAGACGCCCAGGAGGUGCGCGAGUGUCACACAAGCUGCAUCACAGAAACGGCUUUGCUCUGGAGCGACUGGACCCCCUGGUCCCCCUGCUCCAAGACCUGCUUCUACGCCCCGGAUCUGGUCGGCACGCGCAAACGAUUCCGGCAUUGCAACGGUACCGCACAGGCCGUCGGGUGCGAUGGAGAGAGCGUGCAGGAAGAGGACUGUGACACUCCCCUGUGCCCAGUGGAGGGUAUCUGGACCCCUUGGUCCGCCUGGUCCGUCUGCUCGGCGCCGUGUGACUCCGGGGUGCAGACCCGCAACCGCACCUGCUCCAAGCCGGCCUACGGCGGUCCCGGAUGCUCGGGCCCCCUGAUCCAGACCCGGGAUUGCCACACGCAGCCCUGCCGAGGGGAGUGCCCGGCCAACAUGGUGUAUCUGACGGCCGAGGAGUGUCGGCGGAAAGGGGGGGCUUGCCCCCGACUCUGCCUGGACCGGGGCGCCCAGGUGGAGUGUGCCUCCCCCUGCCAGGAGGGCUGCCACUGCCCCGAGGGUCUUUUCCUCCAGGAUGGUUCCUGCGUGCAACUCAGCCGGUGCCCGUGCUACUACCAGGGGCAGAUUUACCCGCCGGGCACCACCGUCUCCCGAGACUCGUGCAACAACUGCACUUGCCAGCAGGGGGAGAUGACGGGUCGAUUCUGGGUUCCACCCGAGGCUUGCUCUCAUCGUCCUUCUCCUCCCUGGACAGCCAACUGUAGCUGGAGCGCCUGGUCGGCCUGGAGUGGCUGCAGCCGUACGUGCAACGUGGGGACGAGGCGGCGCUACCGGGCCGAGGCCGAGCCGGAAGGGCGGCCCUGCCAGGGCUCCAAGGUGGACAUCGAAUUCUGCAGCCUGCAGCCCUGCCCAGGGUCCGGCAUGGAGUGGGGCCUGUGGUCGGAGUGCUCGGUGCCCUGCGGAGGCGGCUACCGGAACCGGACGAGAGCUGGCACCACCGUCCUGGCCAGGAUCGACUUUGCCACCUGCAACCUUCAGCCGUGCAGAGGUGAGCUUGCGCCCCCCCGCAUCCCUGGAUCCCGUCGUGAGGUUCCAGGCACCUGCCCAGCAGGGAAAGUGUGGCGAGAGUGCAACGACAGGCCAGGUUCCUGCGCAGAGCUCAGCACCGAAGACGCCGACGGACACCAGAUGGUGUGCCGGCCAGGCUGCUACUGCCCCAAUGGCACCAUCUUGCUGGUAAAUACCACAAGACUUUCCGUGGCCCGUCUCAGCCAAGCGAGUUGCGUCGGGACUUGUGAGUCUCCGUUGUGUCGAGGAUUAGCUGUUCCUCUCCUCUUCCAGGACAAUCUCUGCGUUCCGGCCGAGGAGUGUCCGUGCGCCGUAGAGGGCAAGCUCUACGCUCCCGGCGAAGCGGUGGCCGAGGGUUGCCAAAACUGUUCCUGCAUCGCUGGCCAGCUGGGGAAUUGCAGCCGCGCAGCCUGUGGAGACGUGAACGGCCAAUGGUCCGAAUGGACCCCCUGGAGCGAAUGCUCAGCACCCUGUGGGAUGGGACUCCAGAACCGGUACCACUUCUGCACGGAUCCCGCCCCUUCCGGGAUGGGACUGCCCUGCCUGGGUCCUGAACGUGAGGACAAGGCUUGCCAGAUCCAGCCCUGUGCCCGUAAGUGCUGCCUCUUCCAGGACUGCUCCAUUUUGGAAGGCUCCGUCUACAGCAGCUGCGGGCCCCCCUGUCCUCGGACCUGUGAUGACAUCACACACUGCGGGUGGGCAUGCGAACCGGGCUGCUACUGCGCGGGAGGCAAAAUCUUGCACGGGAACGGCUCGGCCUGCGUGAAAAAGCGCGACUGCACCUGUCUAGACCUGCUGACCGGACGCCGGCACCCGCCGGGAGAAGCCGUGCCCCAUGCCGACGGCUGCAACAAUUGUACCUGCUCCGAUGGGAAGCUGGUCUGCACCAACCAGGCGUGUGCAGGUGAAACGCAGAACUCUUUUGAUGUUCCUCCAGUGCCGGGCAACUGGUGCGACUGGGCUGCGUGGAGUCCCUGUUCCCGGACUUGCGGCAGCGAGUUGGUGACCCGUUACCGGACCUGCAGCUGCCCCAAGCCCCAGCACGGGGGUGGCGAGUGCGAGGGGGCUCAGGAAUACCACGGAGACAGCGGGGUCCAGCUGCAGAGAAGAGAGUGUCCUGUCGCCAGUUUUUGCCCAGGUGAGAGUCUUGCCCUGGAGGAGGGCGUGGUUUUGAACUCAGCUCCCGGGGAGGAUGUAGACCCCUCCCCUUCCCACCAGAGGGGUUGCUUUGCAAAAAAAAAAGAGAGAGAGAGAGCCAAAUCUAUGAUGUUUGGGGUAUUAGGGACCCCUGUAAAAUUCUGGUAUUUAAAACAUGUUAUGCAUAGGUGGCAAAGGCACUCAUUGCUCGCCAAGGGGCUCUGUCGUCACUGUGAACGGUCACUAAAGGAGGACGACCAGUGGAUAUUGAGGGGGGGGGGCGGAGCUCCGGCCUCGGUGGCUUUAUCGACCAUGCCUCCUGGUGUUUCGCCCUCUGCAGUCAAUGGCGGCUGGUCCUCGUGGAGCGACUGGUCUGCCUGCGACGCCUGCCGGGGCGUGUCAACGAGGAUCAGGGAGUGCAACAAUCCCCCCGCUCGGUUUGGCGGUACGGCGUGUCCCGGCGAAGCUCAGCAAAGCCGUCAGUGCCACGAUGGAGUCACUGCCUGUGAGGGUGAGAAGGAGCAUCCUGUUCUGUCCCCGCCUACGCGAGUCCUUGUUAAGCUCACAAGGAGAAACCCCUCAUCCGACAAGCAAGGGACCGCAGGAAAGAACCAAUCACCUUUUAUUAUUCACAGACCUGAGUCAGUGUCCAAGGCAAACAAAACAGAGUUCACAGUUCACACAUCCUCAAUACAAACGAUUGCCUUCGGCCACCAGCACCUCCCACACCUUCCCUUUUAUAGUUCAGUCAAAGCCGGCGGGCACAGCUGCCUGCUGCUCGCAGAAGUGCCGCGCACAUGGGCACGCCUGCCAGCCACUUGCACAAACAGCACCACGCACGCCUACCCGCCGCUUGCACAAACGGUGCUGCGCAUGUGGGCACGCCUGCCCCCCGCUUGCACAAACGGCGCCGCGCACGUGGACACGCCUGCCCGCCACUUGCACAAACAGCACCACGCACGCCUGCCCACCGCUUGCACAAACGGCGCCCCGCACGGGGCCACGCCUGCCCCCUCUUGCACAAACGGUGCCAUGCACAUGGGCACACCUGCCCGACGCUUGUGCAAACGGCGCCACGCACGUGGGCCUGCUCGCCGGCCGCUUGUGCGGAACCCGCCCCUCUGCCCCCAGGCUGUUCCGCAAAGCUGGAAAAUUUGGGGAACUCUGGCCUCCAGCGUUUGUCGCAUGGAUCGGGAAUCCUCCCGGACCACUCCGGCGCAAGGAGGUGGGUUGGGGAAGACCCCGGAGGAGCGCACAGGAGUUUUGGUACGAGUAAUUUCUCCGGUCUCCCCCCCCCCAGAUUGUGGAGGCGGCCAGGUGCCUUUCCCGUGUGGCAAGCCGUGCCCACGUACCUGCGAGGACCAUCAGCCGGACACUGCGUGUUUGGAAAGCCCUGGCUGCCAACUCGCUUGCGCUUGCCUGGAUGGGCAGCUGCUCCAGGACGGGGCGUGCGUGGCUCCCUCCCAGUGCCGCUGCAAGUACCAGAUGCCCUGGCUGGGCGCCCCCGAAGACCAGAAUCUCUCCUCCUGGUUGGGGCUCCCCGUGUGGGAAUACGCCCAGCCGGGAGAGACCAUCUACGCACCCUGCCAGAACUGCACCUGCGCAGACGGGCAGCUGCAGUGCCGGGCGGAUUCCUGGUGCCGCCUAGAUGGCGGAUGGUCCAGCUGGGGACGAUGGUCUCCCUGCAGCCAGAGCUGCGGCGAGGGUGUCCAGUACCGCUUCCGGGAAUGCAGCAACCCAUCCCCGCAGAACGGAGGCCGGGGGUGUGCGGGGGGCGGCGAGCAGCAGAGACCCUGUCUGAAUCGGGAAGAGUGUCCAGCGGGCAACAGGGUGUCCAGACACAGCCAGCCUUGCAAAGAUGGAGUCAGCUGGCUUGUCCCUUCAAAACCCACAGCCCAGGGGGGGCAGCUGGUCUCCAGGACCCUGCCUCAAACACUGACCACGGAAGGGGGCUCAACAUCGACCGCUGCUGUCUGCCAGGAGGUCCUCCGACCCCAUCCUCCUUUUUCCUUGCCCAUUCCAGAGGCGGAAAUCUGGGACCCUUGGACCGGCUGGUCCCCCUGCAGUGUCUCUUGCGGAGGGGGCGAGCAGCUGCGCAGCCGACAUUGUCGCCAGCCGGAUUGCCGGGGUCUGUCCUCGCAAAGCAAGACCUGCAACACGCACGUUUGUCUCGAGGUGGGCUGCCCUGUGGGGCGCCUCUACCGGGAAUGCCUGGCUGAAGAGGGGUGUCCCUACAGCUGCGCGCAUCUCACCCACCAGAUGGACUGUUUCUCGGAUGGCUGCGAGGAAGGGUGCCACUGCCCAGCGGGCACCUACCAGCACAAGGGGGCCUGCGUCCAGGAGUGCCCCUGUGUCCUGAGCGAGGAGGUUCUGCAGGGAUUCCGGAAACACUCGGACGAGACCGCCGACACGCCUCUGCUCAUCCUGACUGCUCAAGGCCGACGGGUCUCCCCAGGAGAAGAAGUGGCGCCCAACGGCACCAUCUCUGCCGCCUGCAGCAACUGCUCCUGUCGCAACGGCCAGCUGGAUUGCGUGUUCUCCCUCUGCCCCGUGGAUGGAGGUUUUGCGGCAUGGACCCCCUGGUCGCCCUGCUCCUUGACCUGCGGCGGGCUGGGCAACAUGACUAGGACACGCAACUGCGCCCGUCCGAAGCCUGCCCACGGGGGGAAGGACUGUGUUGGCCCUCGGGUGGACAUCAAAUACUGCCAAACCCUGGAUUGCAAAGAAUUGACCCACCCCACAACGGCACCAGUCCCGGCAACCCCAGGGGCCGAGGAUGGCGGCCUGACUCCCUGGUCCCCCUGGACACCCUGCUCCAAGACCUGCAGCGAUCCCGACCUCCCUGCCCUCAAGACCCGGCAGCGGUUUUGCCUGGGAGGAAGCGGCUGUGUGGGAGACACGUUGCAAGAACGAGAGUGCAACUUGCCCCAGUGCACAGAGACCCCCGUAUGCGAGGGCAAGGAGUGCCUUGGGCUGAACUGUACCUGGAACCCGUGGUCCCCUUGGAGCGAGUGUUCCCGCAGCUGCGGGGUCGGCCAGCAGCAGCGCCUGCGGACCUACCACCCGCCGGGGCAAGGUGGGCAGUGGUGCCAAGACAUCCUGACUGCCAACCUGGAGAGGCGUUUCUGCAACCUGCCGGCGUGCAAAGUGGACGGAGUCUGGUCUAAGUGGAGUCCCUGGUCGUGGUGCGACCGGACCUGUGGUGGGGGGCGCUCCGCCCGAACGAGGACUUGCACCAGCCCACCUCCCAAGAAUGGAGGGCGCCACUGCCCUGGCGAGAAGUAUCACGUGCGGGUCUGCAACCCGCAGCCCUGCGAGGAGACUUGCCCACCCAUGAUGCACUGGGUGGGGUGUGCCAACCGGUGCCCCCGCCAUUGCUGGGACCUCCAGGAAGGCAUUGUGUGCCAGGAGAAGGAGGCCUGCGAGCCGGGCUGUCGUUGUCCCGACGGUACGUUGGAGCAAGAUGGCAGCUGCGUUCCUCUCGCCCACUGUGAGUGCACCGACACCCAGGGACACAGCUGGGCACCGGGCAGCCAGUACGACGACGGCUGCAAUAACUGCACCUGUGCUGCUGGCGGGAAGCUUGUCUGCACCAAUUACACCUGCCCGCCCACUGAAUGCGCCUGGAGCCUCUGGUCCAGCUGGUCCCAGUGUAGCAUCACCUGUGGAAAUGGGCUGCGUACUCGCUUCAGGACCCCCACCUCCGGCUCCUGGGCUCCCGAGUGUCUGGAGGAGCAGGUGCAGACCCACCCCUGUGCCUUGGACCCCUGCCCGCCUCUCUGCCUGCACGAAGGCCGGGAGACCAGCCUGGGUAGCACCUGGCUCUUCGGAGAGUGCCAGCAGUGCAUUUGUACUCCAGAGGGCAUCUACUGCCUGGACAUUACCUGUGCAGGUGAGUUUAUUUUCCUAGUACAGUUUAACCGCCCUACUUCCAUGAAUGUUGCCACAAGCAUUGUGGGCAUUCACGGGUCCAUGCAUGCAAGCAUCGUCGUGAGCGUCAUGGGUGUUUGCAGCCCCAUUCGUGAGAACAUCACUACGAGCAUCGCAGACGUUUGUGGUCCAACUCGCCUGAGCCUCGCAGGCGUUCACAGCACCAUUUGCGCGAGCGUCACAGGUGUUCACAGCCCCAUUCGUGCGAACAUCUCCAUGAAUGUUGCAGUUGGUUGUAGCCCAACUUACGCGAGCAUCGUUGCAAGCAUUGUGGGUGUUCGCAGCCCUAUUCAUGCAAACGUCACCACGAGCAUCGCAGGUGUUUGUGGUCCAACUCACCUGAGCAUCGCAGGCAUCUGCAGCACCAUUUGCGCAAGCUUCACCUUGAGCGUCAUGGGUGUUCACAACCCCAUUCGUGCGAACAUCGCCAUGAAUGUUGCAGGUGUUUGUGGCCCAACUCGCACGAGCAUUGUUGCAAACAUCGCGGGUGUUCACAGCCCUAUUCGUGUGAACAUCACCACGAGCGUCGCAGGCGUUUGUGGUCCAACUUGCCUGAGCCUCGCAGGCAUUCACAGCAGCAUUUGCGCGAGCAUCACAGGCGUUCACAGCCUCAUUUGUGCGAACAUCACCAUGAAUGUUGCAGUUGACCGUGGCGACUUGGCGGUGGCGCUUUCUCCAAUUCCGUUCCUUUGUACCCCUCCCCAUUUUCAUGCAGAAGAUCAGCUGUGCCCCUGGUCUGCAUGGAGCCCGUGCUCGCAGUCCUGUGGCACCGGACUGACCUCACGUACCAGGAGCUGUGUUUGCCCCACGUCUUCGGCGGGCGCUCAGGGAGAUCCUUGCACCCAGCACAGCCCUCCCCGGGAGACGGAGGCAUGUUACUUGCAGGCCUGCAGAGAUUGUCCCUGGAGUCCUUGGACCCCCUGGACUCACUGCUCCUGCAGCUUCCUGGUGCAGCAGCGCUACAGGAACCAGCAAGGCUGGGAAACUGACCGGGAGCCGUGCCUGGGACUGGAUGGACAAUUCCGGAUGUGCAAUUACUCCCAGUGUUCAGCUGCCUUCUUCUUGUGCCUUUUUCCAGAAUCCACCUGUAAUCCCCCCUUUGAAUUCCGGGCGUGUGGCUCCCCCUGCGACAGCCACUGCUCCACCCGAAAGCGCCCGGAGUUAUGCGAGGACAUUCCACGCUGCCUACCCGGCUGUUACUGCCCUCAGGGUCUGUUGGAGCAGAGGGGAUCCUGCGUGCCCCCCGCGCAGUGCGCUUGCCUCCACCCCCACCAGGCCACGGGGCCCGCGUUUGUGGCGGCCGGGGAAGCCGUCCUGAUUGGCUGCAAGAAAUGUGUGUGCCAAGCCGGAGAGUUGCAGUGCAGCAGCCAAGAUUGCCAAGAGGCGCGCGAUCCGCUUGCUGCUCUCGGACGUCGGGGUCCGGGAUGGGAAGCAGAAGAGGGGGGGUCCCCUUUCUCUCCAGGGGGGGGCCCAAGCACCCCCUCCUUCCUCUUUCCACACUCAGGCCUGCUUCCGCUGAGCGACUGGUCGCCCUGGACAGCCUGCUCCGACUGCUUGCCGCUGGCGGCCCUCGGGCCCGGGGUCCUCCCUGCCCUGCUGGAGCAGGCCGAGGCCUGGUGGCUUUCUCCGCCGGUCCAGGUCUCCGUGCGGCACCGCUACCGGCUCUGCCUCGAUCCGCAGACCGGCCAACCUUGGAGGGGUCCGGACGGCGUUUGCACCGCCGAGUUGGACCAGCGACGAGUCUGCCCGGAUGAGACGGGGGCUUGUCAAGAUUUCUGCCUGUGGAGCGAGUGGGGGGUGUGGAGCCCCUGCCGCACGCCUUGCAGCGGGGGCGUCCGGCUGCGCCGACGGCUGACUCUCCACCCGGAGGCAGAGCUGCGCUGCAAGGGACUACGAUACCAGUCGGAGACUUGCAACGCGGCCCCUUGCCCAGGAGAGACGUGCGAAGACCGGGGCAAAGUGUACGAUGCGAACUGUGCCAAUGGCUGCCCACGCACCUGCCUGGAUUUCUGGGAGCACGUUGAGUGCCUGCAGGGACAGUGCAGGGAAGGAUGCCGGUGUCCUGAGGGGCAGCUUCUGCAGGACGGGGCCUGUGUGCCGAUUCAGUCCUGCCGCUGUGGUCUCCCCGCGGCGAACGGCAGCUGGGAAGUUCUCCCCGGGCAGCUGGUGGAAUUGGAUUGCCACAAUUGCACCUGCCAGAACGGCUCCUUCACCUGUCCAGAGGAGAAGUGUCCGUCUUACGGCGAGUGGUCGACAUGGAGUCCGUGCUCGGCCACGUGCGGAGGGGGCGCCACGCUGCGGCACCGGACCUGCCAUGAGAGCCUCCAUGGAGCGCCUUGUGAAGCCGAGUCCAUGGAAGAAGGCGCACGCUGUAACUCCCAGCCCUGCCCGGCUGGCUGCCUGUUGAGCGACUGGACCGUCUGGAGCCCCUGCAGCGCCAGCUGCGGUGGCGGGGUCUCCGAGAGGCACCGUCGGCCGCUGUCCCCUCCGGGAGACCCCUGCCCCUCCCCGCUCCUGCAGCACCGGCUCUGCCACACGCAGAAUUGCACACCAGAAUGCCCUGGGACUCAAGUCUACCACGACUGUGCCAACACCUGCCCGUACACCUGCUCGGACCUGCACCCGGAAACCCAGUGUCUGCAAGAGGAAUGCCGGCCCGGCUGCAUCUGCCCACCUGGCCAGGUACUGCAGUACGGGCUGUGCGUUUCCCCGGAAGAAUGCCGCUGCAUGAUUGGCCAGGCGUCCGCCUCGCCCUGGGCUGCCAACCUCUCCGAGGAAGAGCGCACCCAGGAACAUGCGCCGGGGAGUACUUUCCGACACGAAUGCAACAGCUGCGUCUGCCAGAGGGGCGUCUUCACCUGCACCCAGGAGAGCUGCGACGUGCCCUGCCUAUGGUCCGAGUGGUCUCCGUGGUCCCCCUGCCCUGUGACCUGCGGCACCGGAGAGCAGGUGUCCAGGCGGCACUGGGUCCAGCCGCACAUGUACAGCGGGCCCGAGUGCGAGGGGCCGUCGGUGCGCCGGGCGCCCUGCUCCCUCCCGGAUUGUGGUGAGUCUGCCCACCUACACGCAAAGGGGGCCAGGAAAUGGUGGGCGUUUCAUCCCUGGGUUUUUGGUUUUUUUAAAAAAAAUGUCUGCGGUUUUUUUUUCCCCACGCUAGCCUGUCCGGAGGGCGAACAGCGGCCCCCGGGCCACCUGCCCAGCCCUUGCGAACGCAACUGCCGUCAGAUCUACGCGGACCUGCCUCAAAAUUGCAGCUCGGGGGUGCUAACGCGGGAAGGCUGCACAUGUCAGCCCGGGUACUACCGCAACGGCAGCGGGCACUGCGUGGUGGCGGCCCACUGCGAGUGUGAGGAGGGAGGCCAGGUGUACUCGGCCGGAGCCGAAUGGACCCAGGGCUGCGAAGUCUGUCGCUGUGUGAACGGCAGGGCGUUGUGCGAGGCCCGUUGCCCGCCCCUCGUUUGCCUCGAGGGCGAAGGGAAAGUGCAGGAUCCGGGCUCUUGCUGUCCCGUCUGUCGGAAGGAGUCGCUCGCCGAACCUCAUCCCCACUGCCAGCACUUCACGGAGCGUCGCAACAUCACCAAGGGGUCCUGCUUUUUGGGGGGCGUAGAGGUGGGCUUUUGCAAAGGGCAAUGCGCCUCCCACACCAACGUCAUCCCGGAGGAGCCGUACCUGCAGACGAUUUGCGACUGCUGCAGCUACCGCCUGGAUCCGGUCAGCCCGGUGCGCAUCCUGAACUUGCAGUGUCCCGGGGGCGAGACGGAGCCCGUGGUUCUGCCGGUCAUCCGCGGAUGCGAAUGCAGCAGCUGCCAAGGUAGGUCUCGAUCGGGUCUCUUAAGCGGGCAGGAAAAGGGCCUCUCUAGCCAGGCUGAUACUCCUGGGAGGAAGAGAGGGGGAAAUAGCCCUUCCAUGAGGAGCCAACCCUCAGAUACGCUAUCGAGUUUCCGGUUAUUCCGGAGAGUCGGUUUAACAAUCACAGCCCAUGUACCAUUGUGCACGAUCUCUAGGUCGGGUCCGGCAUGGACAAAGAGACAUACUCUCUUAAGUUACGUGUUUCUUCAGUUCUGAGCAGAGACAGACUCUCUUGAAAGUUACACGUUUCUUCAGAUCUGAGCAGAGAGACAUAUUCUCUUAAGUUACACGUUUCUUCAGAUCUGAGCAAAGAGACAGACUUUCUUAAGUUAUGCAUUUAUUCAGAUCUGAACAGAGAGACAUACUCUCUUAAGUUACACGUUUAUUCAGAUCUGAGCAGAGAGACAUACUCUCUUAAGUUACACAUUUAUUCAGAUCUGAGCAGAGAGACGCUCUCUUAAGUUACACGUUUCUUCAGAUCUGAGCAGAGAGACGCUCUCUUAAGUUACGUGUUUCUUCAGAUCUCAGCAAAGAGACAGACUCUCUUGAAAGUUACGCAUUUAUUCAGAUCUGAGCAGAGACAUACUCUCUUAAGUUACGUGUUUCUUCAGAUCUGAGCAGAGACAUACUCUCUUAAGUUACGUGUUUCUUUAGAUCUCAGCAAAGAGACAGACUCUCUUGAAAGUUACGCAUUUAUUCAGAUCUGAGCAGAGACAUACUCUCUUAAGUUACGUGUUUCUUCAGAUCUGAGCAGAGACAUACUCUCUUAAGUUACGUGUUUCUUUAGAUCUCAGCAAAGAGACAGACUCUCUUGAAAGUUACGCAUUUAUUCAGAUCUGAGCAGAGACAUACUCUCUUAAGUUACGUGUUUCUUCAGAUCUGAGCAGACAGACUCUCUUAAGUUACACGUUUCUUCAGAUCUGAGCAGAGACAUACUCUCUUAAGUUACGUGUUUCUUUAGAUCUGAGCAAAGAGACAGACUUUCUUAAGUUAUGCAUUUAUUCAGAUCUGAACAGAGAGACAUACUCUCUUAAGUUACACGUUUCUUCAGAUCUGAGCAAAGAGUCAUACUCACUUAAGUUACACGUUUAUUCAGAUCUGAGCAGAGAGACAUAUUCUCUUAAGUUACAUGUUUCUUCAGAUCUUAGCAGAAAGACAGACUCUCUUAAGUUACGUGUUUCUUCAGAUCUCAGCAAAGAGACAGACUCUCUUGAAAGUUACGCAUUUAUUCAGAUCUGAGCAGAGACAUACUCUCUUAAGUUACGUGUUUCUUCAGAUCUGAGCAGACAGACUCUCUUGAAAGUUACACCUUUCUUCAGAUCUGAGCAGAGACAUACUCUCUUAAGUUACACGUUUCUUCAGAUCUGAGCAGAGACAUGCUCUCUUAAGUUACGUGUUUCUUCAGAUCUGAGCAAAGAGACAGACUUUCUUAAGUUAUGCAUUUAUUCAGAUCUGAACAGAGAGACAUACUCUCUUAAGUUACACGUUUAUUCAGAUCUGAGCAGAGAGACAUACUCUCUUAAGUUACACAUUUAUUCAGAUCUGA